AGCAUACAUGCUGUUUAAAUUUUAAAAAAGAGAGGCAAGGUCCUGGCGAGCUCGAUUUGCCGACGAUGGCCAAAGCUCUGCAGCUGGUGACCAUCCCCUUUCGCGGGUGCUUUUGAAACUACAACUCCCAGCAUCCCUUUGAUGUCCGGAACUCCUUAAGAAUUAAGUUAUCCACGGAACGCCCGCCAGGUGACUUUGGUUCCACUUCCUUCUCGGCGGUUUGGUGAUGGUGUACAUCGUGCUCUCUAUGUCCAGGUAAGCGUAGCAAAGGUAGGAGGAGGUCGCCCUGGGAAAUCUUCCCAAAGCUGGAAACGGGGAUCCUCAAAGGGCCGCAGACCAAAAAGAUGAAGCCAAAGAUCCUUUUCAACGGUCUCUGAUGUUGAACAGAUACAAUUUGAUUGCUAGGUGCAUGUAUAGGAUACGCCCAUCCUUCCAAAGAAUUAGAUCCAAUCAUGACCUUAGUAUAGACAGUCUGCUGCAUGAAGCAAGAGGCUGACCAAAUGGCAUGCAGCAAAAAAACAAAGGGCUCUCGAACUGCAGAUGUGUCAGCCAUGUUCUCACUCAGAUUGCUGCCUUGGGGCCGACUGUGCCGUUGGUCCAGCCCAUUCCUGCAAUUCCUGGUCUUGAGUGUUGUGACAUUUGGCGUGAUCGCUCCAUUCACUUGCCGAGAGCUCCUGCAUUCUUAUUUCUACAUGCGCGGUUGGUACCUGAACUCGAUGACCCAACAUUUUUUAAAGCAGAGCCAAGAGGAAGGUUUGAGUGCUCUCCGUUACUUUGAGCGACUGCAGAAUACUUCGGAGAAGUUGACCAAAGAGGCCUUGCAGCCAUGGUUGCUGAUUGCCAUCGUUACUGUUCAAAGGCACCCGGAAUUCCACUAUGUCCUUCAGGUAGCAGCCCGCUUCCACCGCCUGCUCCGGGAAUGUGGCCCUCCUUGCCAGCACCACCAGCUCUUACUCUGUAAUGUGGAAACAGAUCCCAGCAACCACCGGGAUGCUAAGCUGCUUGCCACUUUCUUUGCUGUGGUGAACCACUACAGUGGUCAGGAAAAUUUGGACCUCUUUCCAAACCGUUUUGAGAAGGAGAAGCAAGAUUACACCUACUGCCUUGAGAAAUCACUUCAGCUAUAUAAACCAGAGUAUGUCCUGCUGGUGGAAGAUGAUACCCUACCAGAAGAGGAAUUCUUUCCCGUCCUCCAUCACUUGUUACAGGCACGAUUCUCAAAGCCCCACCUCCGAGAUGCCCUUUAUAUCAAACUGUACCAUCCAGAGAGACUUCAACAUUACAUCAAUCCAGAACCCAUGAGGAUCCUGGAAUGGCUGGGAUUAGGCCUGUUUUCAGGAUCCUUCUUAGGCUUUGUCUACUCCUGGGCAUCCAGCCGCUCCAGCCUUAGUUGGUCCAUUAUGUUGUUUUUCGCCCUAUACAGCAUGCUGCUAGUAGAGCUGGUUGGCCGCCACUACCUUUUGGAGCUUCGACGCCUGGCGCCCUCCUUCUACAACGUUGUGCCUGUGACCGAAUGCUGCACUCCGGCCAUGGUGUUCUCUGCCCCCUCAGCACACCGUGUGUUGGGCUACAUGAAAGAAGUUCAGUGUCGCCUAGGUUUUGCCAAAGAUACUGCACUUUAUUCACUGCUGCGUACCAAGGGCGAGCACGCAUUUGCGGUUGAGCCCAACCUGGUGAGACAUGUGGGGAUGUUUUCAACUCUCAGGAUGAAUGAAAACCCAGAGCUGCUUUGACUUUCUCAGUAUUUCCCAAGGGUUGAACCAGACGAGCAAAAGCUCGACACAAGAUACUUACUGAGUUUUGCUGAGCUAAGUCAUCCCCAGUUGCAAGCCGGGUAUAUAUAUAUAAAAUAGCUCUUAAAUCAGCAUUCCCCACACAAUGCCCUUCCAUUGUGAGGUAGCAAUUCCAAAAAACCCCGCCAAUGUAGCUGGUAGUAGUGCUGGCUACGAAUUCCAGGUUGUGAAAGUUAGCGCUGAUCUCUAUCUUACAGAUAAUGAAGAAGAGUUUCUAAGUUUGGUAGAAAUACCAGAGAUGGUGCUUUAAAUUUUCUGUAUCAACUUAUAAAUUAUUUUAAGUGGUUCUUUCCCAUAAGCUGAUGCCUUUGAGAUACGUUGGCUGCAAAAUUGCUAACACUGCCCCUUCGGUCUUCUGGAGGCUUGCAGUCCUAACAGAUCGAAAGGAUGCCAGCUUGGGAAAGACUGGUCUACAUUCAAAGACAAAUGAUCAUUUUCGGUGAAGGUGUUAGGGCUGUGAUUGUCUUAAUAUUUACUGUUUUCUUGUUUCAAAUCUUUCAUCUCUGCCACUUCUGCCUGAGCCAUUUAAGGGUGCUUUUGUGCGUAUAUUUCCUGAGUAUCUUGAAGAGCCCUUGCAAAUGGCAAUCUCUCCUUUGCAUGUAGAGACUUUUAAGUUAGGAACCAGGUAAGGACGCUCAAUUUGAAGCGUCCAAAACGGCUGGAGGUAGCUGAAUUGUGCGACAUUCUAAAUCUGAGUUAUGUCAGAGUUGGCAGGGCUGAGAAAAUGAAAAAGCCCAUUAGAUUCAGUGAAAAGUCUAAUGAUGCUAAUAUUGUGGAUGUAACUGUAGCUGCAGAAGGUUUGGUUGUGCUAAAGUGUGGCUCUUCCUUGCCCUAUCUAUUCUUGUCCCCUAUAUUAGUUACCCUGCUGAUAUAUCUUAGCCAAAGGCUCCGAUCACUCCAUUAACAGAUUUCUGGUAUCAGCCUAUAACCAGAAAAAUCUAAUCCUAAAGUCCUCCAUCUCUGAAUUAGAAUUGCCCUGUCAAUUGCCAGCUAAUUUUUGUCUUACCGGUUUCUUAACCAUUUCUUUUCCAUUUUGUUUUCCCAAGACAGGAAGCCCUGGAAAUAUUUCCUACAGCUGCCCAUCCCGAUCCCUUGCUUUCUUUUGAAAUGUACCGAUGGUAAUGUUUAAAAAUCAAAUGCACACUAUUCAAAACCAUUCUAAAGGAAAUGUAACAUUCUCAUUUUUCUUCAUUUCUUCUGCAUUUGCUACCUCCUACUUCACGUAUUACUCAUACUGUUCCUUGUCAAUGGGCUUAUUUAAAAACACAAGUGCCUUAUUUAGAUGAUACAUAAAUACCUUUAUAGAGAAGCAUUUUCAUCCUUUUCUUCCUCCUCUUCUUCCUCCUUCUCUAACUCUGGGAAUCUGUGAGAAGGGCAAUGCUUUUUCCAGCCUACUUGGGGGGGGGGGACUUGAACCUAGAAAUAUAUAUUUAUUUUCAUGAGAAUUCAACUAAUGAAUUAAAAAAAUAAAUAAUAAACUGUCCUCCAUAUAGGGGUCUAGGAACAGUUGCUGUAUUAUUCCAAUGUUCUGACUAUUGCAGUGCCUUCAGUUUAGAAAAUGAAGAUCAAAUGAUCAUAGGCGGGGGUUUCUAGGAGCAUCCAUGUAGAACAAAAACAAUUCAUGCUCCAAAAAUAUCUUUGGGGGAAUCUAGUCAAUAGUAGUAACUGCCAACACAAUGCUAGGCUGCAUUAACAGAGGGAUAGAAUCAAGGUCACGUGAAGUGUUAAUACCACUUUACAUUGCCUUGGUAAGGCCACACUUGGAAUACUGCAUCCAGUUUUGGUCACCACAAUGUAAAAAAAAUGUUGAGAAUCUAGGAAGAGUGUAGAGAAAAGCAACAAAGAUGAUCAGGGGACUUGAAGCUAAAACAAAGAAUGGUAGCUAGAAUUGAGUAUGUCUGGUUUAAUGAAAAGGACUAGGGGUGACACGAUAGCAGUGUUCCAAUAUCUUGGGUUGCUACAAAGAGGGAGUCAAGCUAUUCUCCAAAGCACCUGAAGGCAGGACAAGA